AUGGAUUCGAAGACGAAAUCGGGAUCGACAAUGAAGCGAGAUCCGGAGCGGGUUGGAGUUCCAAAGAAGAAGCAGAAGAGUCCUCAUCGAAAUGCUCUGUUGAAACAGCAACGUACUAGUAAACGACGAGCGAAGAAUGAAAUUCGCAGUAGUGAGAAGAACGGCAACAACAAGGAGCCAUCGGAAUCUCGCCAGGACGACACUUUGCUCCAGACUUUUGCACGAAAGCAUCUCGAAGAACGAGUGAAUGAGAUGGGAUUUCAGAUCCGACGACGACCAAAACUGGGUGGGAAAUGA